GCCUCUGGACCGGGUGAGGGGCGCAGUGAGUGGCUGAGAGGAUGAGCACUGCGCGUUCCCUGCAACAGCUGCGAGCUGCCUCUCUCCACCACAGGAGUUGUCGGAAUUGAGCCCGUGGAGAACGACAAAACGGCCGCUUUGUCACAUAUUGCCCCAGUCCAGGACCAGAAGACCAACGCAGAUAUCGCUACAUCCAUGACCGGACAGGGAUUAAGUGGCGAAGGAGACAACUGUACGGAAGAGGUAGAACGGAUUUUACCCAGGACUGUCAGGUUUUAGGAGUGCCCUCGGAGACCAUGGAUAAAACUUUACAUACGCUGCAGAAACCAGCCGACUCAACCGACAAGGUCCUGGACGAUGGAACAGGACUGGCUCUGGAUAUGAGAAUGGGAGACAGGGAAUUCACGGAACAAUCUAUUAGACUUACGGACAAAAUCCCUUUAGUGAAGCCCUACUUCAAAAAGAAACACGGACAGAGGAAACUAGACGCCAAAUGCCUUCGCGCACUAGAGGACCCUAUCCUGACUACAUUAUUGAGUACGGAUUCGCUAGUAACCGGAGAUGGGGUGUUUGUCCCCCGAAACCCUCCGGGAAGAACAGCGGGGAACCUGUGCACUGCGGCUGUGGUCAAACAGGCACGGAUCGGCGGGCCGGUGUGCCUGAAAGACUCAGGAGCUAGCGGUGUAACGGCCAUGAUUACCGGUGACACCGACACGGAUAUGGCUGACACGGAAAUGGCGCAUGCCGCCUCCGAGUUGGACGAGACAGAGGGGGGUUCAACCAAGGUGCCAGUAGAUCUCCAGCGUGUGACAAUAAACCCUAGCGAUCGCCGAUUCCAGCUCAAACUUCCCCCUGGGGCCCGCGAUGUGGCUACGGCACCCCCCACACCAGAUCGGCCUAUCCCUCUAGUAAGCCCUCCACGCGAGGAGGGCAACAAGACGAGUGACCUCUUCGCCUCUGAAGCUUUGCGGGGGGCGAAUUGCCUCUCUAUCAAAGACAGUACGAGCACCCCCCGUCUUCAUGUCGACAAAAGCGAGAUAUUUCAGGAUAAAAGUGAAGAGGCCUCCCUGGAUCUAGUCUUUGAGCUCCUAACUCAGCUCCAAUAUCACACACACCAAGCCGACGCGGUUUCGGUCUGCGUGGAUUUCCUGCAGGGGUUGUGUGUGUAUGGGAGUGACUGCGCGUAUCACCACACUGUGCUACCGUACCACUGGCAGAUCCGCCGGAGUGAUAGUCAAUGCUGGCAAAGCGUGGCGGAUGACUCGCAGGAACAGUUGGAGAGGCUAUAUUGCAAUCCGGACAAUGAGCAAAUCCGGCUCAAGUUUCAGGGACGCGUGUUUUCGUUAGACUUCAGCGCCAUGCGCGUAUGCGACCUGGAGUUCGACCGCGUUAGACGCCUGACGACUCCAUCCAGCCCCGCCGCCCCGGCCACAAACACCACCCCCAGCUGCUACACCGUGUGGAAAUACUACUGCAGAGAUAACUUCGGAUGGAGGGAAUAUUCUGAGCCGGUGGUGCGUCUAAUAGAGGAGGCCAGCGGUCGUGGCCUGAAGGAGGUUCGCUUCAUCACCCUCCAGAACCAGUACAUCCUCAACAUCAGAGAAGGCUUCCAGCAGAACGCCGUUUUUGGCUUCAGGCGGCAGAUCAAGAAACGACCCCUUUUCCUCUCGUCUGUGGUCCUCACGCCUCAUCUACAGACUCUUGGCGGCCUCUCCUCUUCUCUCCCCUCUUCCUCCUCCUCCACAUCCUCCACCUCCUCUUUGGAUCUGUCCAUUUCGCUCCCUCUUUCUCCUACCACCAACCCUCCCAGCGUGUUCCCGGAGACCUGGUUGCCAAUGACGACCAGCCAGGACUUCCUGCAAGUUCCCGUGUCCCGUGACGACCGGAGCUAUCGGACGGUCUACACCCUUUUCCACAAGACCGUGUCCGAAACCAAGUUCCGCAUCCUGAAGAUCCUUCGCGUCCAGAACCCCUUCCUCUGGGAGAAAUACAAGAGGAAGAAGGAGUACAUGUCCCGUCGCCUCUCGGAGAUGGACAGAAUGCUGAGUGAGCGCCACCUGUUCCAUGGCACGUCGACCGACGUGGUGGAGGGCAUUUGCAAGCACAACUUUGACCCGCGGGUCUGCGGGAAGCACGCCACCAUGUUUGGCCAGGGCUCUUACUUUGCCCGCAAGGCUGUCUAUUCGCACAACUUCUCCAAGCGCUCGCCUAAAGGGGUUCACUGCAUGUUCCUGGCCAAAGUCCUUACCGGCAGGUUUACCGUGGGGAACCCUUCCAUGCGCCGGCCGCCCCCACUUAGCCCCCGGGACCCUUCCAGUGACCUGUACGACUCGUGCGUGGACAACUGGGUGGACCCCCAGAUCUAUGUGAUCUUCAAUGACGACCAGAGCUACCCAUACUUCAUCAUCCAGUAUGAAGAAGUUCCCAGCACCGUGGCUAUCUGAGACAAGACUGAACCAGACAAGAAUAGACAAAACAGAUCCAAACAAAACCAUACGGGUCCAGGCAAGACUGGACAGUUUGAGACAGGACAAAACAGAUCUAGACAAGACCAGACAGAUCCAGUCGAGACCGGAUAUAUCCAAACAAGGCCAGAUCCGACAGAACCAAACCAGAAUCAUCAGUUCGUCAUCUAAGGAGUUAACAUCUGACACCCAAGCCCAGGAACUACUAAAAAUGUUUUAUAUAUUUAACAUGACUCCUCAAACCCCCUUAUGCCGGCAGCUCCAGUUUGUGUGCUGUUGGUUAAAAGCCCUACCUUACGGGGCAGCCAUUCCGAAACCAUUUAAACUGGACAGUGGAUGGAAUUUCCUUUGGACCCAAUGCUGUGCAAAUGGACAUUUGGGUCCCAGUUGGGACAGAACAGUGGGAUGUGACACUGAGAGUCAGUGCUGGAGUAACAGCAUAACGUUUCUGUUUAAAAACCAAACCCUCCCUUAAGUCCCCCAUCUCUCUUUAUAAGGCCACCCCGCCUCUCUCCGUCAGAGAGCAGACACGUUUGGUUGGAGAAGAUGUACAUACAUUCUCCUUGUUUAUAUUUGAAAUGUGUGCCUUUUGUCCAUAAAAAUGUUUAUUUAUGUUAGUUAAUGUAACAUUGAGUAAAUAAAGAAUUUAAAAGAGAAAAAUCACAGAACUGUC